UACGAGUUUAAUAACAGCGUAUUAUACUGUGAGCGGUCUGAUUAACAUCUCACAUUGUUUUCUUUAAUGUUUUCCACAUAAUGUAAAUACGAAAAUUAAACGGUCAACGUGCGUACCGGGUGUCGCCGUGGACCUCGUCGCUACUAUCACUUGAGGUGACUUGAAUAUUAAUCGAAACGCGUGAUGGCCGGUCAGCUGGCGUGGCUGUCGGCAAUGGUUAUGAUAAUGCGUCAGGCUUGACCAAGGUUACGCGCGAAUUGAAUGAAAAUAAUAUGAGAAAAUAAUGUUACGUACGAAUGGUAUAAUUGUAAAUAUCAAAACAUUUCAAAUGUCCACGGUCUACAGCAGUGGUCUAGUCCGCCGAAUUUAAAUUUCAAAAUCGAAACCCGUCGGUUCGAGCACAACUAAUUUGACAUGAACGUGCUCUGAUCGUUCGCCAAACGCACGGAUCUUAGAACAUUAUUAUACCCAUUCGGAUCCGGCUCGUCUCGGCCAAAAUCAAAAUAAAGUGGAAUUUUAUUACCAACAUAACUGUUGUCAACACACGCGAGCAUCACAAAUAUUCAGUGCCUAAUCGGCGGCGUACACAUUAGCCGAGCUGUUCUCGACGCGGUUCACGGAUCGUAUUUGUUAGGCGCUCGUUUAGUUUUUAGUCAUCUCUCUUCGGUUCCUCGUCGACAAUUAUGCUCAGACUAUAAUAAUCAUUGCCAUAAUUAACGUUGUUUCCUCGCGGCUUUCUCUCGGCGUCAUUUUUUAAUGGAUAGUACAUUUCUCGGCUCCAAAACUCCAGAUUUCCUCGAGCAGGUAAUUAUUAUCGUCGGUUUUUUUUUUUUUUUUUUUUAAUUUUUUUGUUGUAAUAUAUUGUAAAUGUUUGUACAUUAUAUUUUUACAAACGUUAUUCAAUAAUCGUAUUGUUUACACUUCUCGCGAGUUGUGACAUUCAGACUUUUCUAGUCUCGAUGACUUGUUGUACCCACCGUGCACAACAAUAACUCGAAAAUGUAUCGUCUACUUUUACGAACUUUGAACAAUAACGAAAAAACAUAUUAUGUAAAUACUUAUUAAAAUUGUAUUUUUUUAUCUAUAGGUAUUAUAGGUUUUAUUGUUCGACGAGUGUGCUUACUAGGUAUACUAUUAUUUUAUUGUUAAGUCUACUCUAGGUAUCUAUGCCAAAUGGUAUUAUAUUUUAGGUACCUACCUAGUCAUGAUACUUACAGUCAGUGUACUUAUUACUUAUUUUUUUAUAAUAAUAAUUUUACUUAAAUCUAAAAUGAAUUGAUGUUUAGUAAUUAUUGUUAUUACAUACAUCUGUAUUCCCAGUAAUUUUCUUUUCUUUUUUUAAACUACCCACCCAUUUAGGUAUUUUUAUUAUUAAAAUUUAGAUUAAUUAAAGGUUUCAAUUUCACAUCUAAAUGUUUAUAUUAUCUACAAAAUCGUUUGUAGCUUACUUGCCAAAUAUAUUAUAUUUAUUCAAUGGUUUGGAAAAUUUUAAUUAUUUUCAUUCGUUAAUUUUAUUUUUACUGAUUGAUUUAUUACUGGGCAUUAUUUAUAAUUAUUAGGUAAGUACCUGUUCACUACUUUUUUUUUUUUAAAUUUUAUAAUUGCAAAUUGACAUUUUGAAUGGUUCAAAUUGGUUUAAUAUUUUUCUAUGAGUACAUAUUCUUGUAAAGUUUUAUAUUAUAUUUAUGGUAUAUUUUAAUUCUAUAAAUUAAUGGAACACAAUAAUUAUAGUAAAUUGGUAAUUAAAGAAAUUGAGGUUGGACAUAUUAAGUAAACAUAAUUUUUUUAAAUUGUCCUAAACAGUUAAUAAUUAAUAAAAUGCAUACAAUAAUAAUGAUUAAGCGACACAAUUCAUAUAAUUAGUCAUUAAUGGAAUAUAAUUAUUUAGUGUACAACUAUGAAAACCAAUUACCGUUUUAAAAAUUUGACAUUUUUAUUUAAGUACAUGCUUUAUUAUUAUGUGAUAUUGGAUUAGAUAUGUGAUUUUAAAUUAAUAACUGUAGGUUAUUUGAACUGUUUAAAAGAUUAAGCGAAACCUAACAUAUUAUUUAGGUUCCCACGUAGUUAUUUAUAUUAAACUAUUUUGUGGUUGAUAACGUUGUAGCCAUGUAGGUACUUAUUAGUUUUUCUAAACUGCUUUUUUUUUUGAAACACAUAAUUAUUAGAUAUUAUGUUUUAGGUAGAAUAGUAUGCAUCAGUAUGAGUACUUAAAAUUAAAUAAAAACCGAAGAUGUCAAAUGUCUAUAAAUAUAGCUCAAAAAUCGACAGGAUAUUUUGAAAAUUCUACCACUUAUAGAAAAGACUAAUAUUCUUGGAAAUUUCAGGUCUUUGUGAUUAUUUUUAAACAAAUUAUAGAAAAAAAAUUCAAAAAUAACGAAACUUUUAAUCCUGUAAAUUUGUCAGUUUUAUUCCAGCUUUUUCUAAUAAUUCAGAAAACUACAAGGAAAAUCAAAAAUCAACUUUCUAACCCGUAACUUAUUUUUUCAAAUGUUCUUGAAAUUCAAAUCAAAAUUCUUGUAGAAAAAUAAAUAAAAAAAAAUGAAACUUUUUGGUCAUAAAUUUGUCAAUUUUUUCCCUGGUAUUUCCUAAUUAUUAUGAAAACUACUUGGAAAAUCAAAAAAUGACGUCUCACUCCAGCUAGCUGCUUUCUUAUCAUUUUUUGAUUGGAACAAGAUUUCUGGUACCUAUUAAAGUUAAUAGUUAUAGUAAAGUAUAGUUAAUAGUUUAUAGUUUUUGUAUAAUUAUACACAUAUCAAAGUAAAACCAAAACAUUCAGACUUUAAAAAGAACAAUAUUCCCAGAGACAAUUUGAUUUUGUUUGAGACAUUUCGAUCAUUACAGUUGUUUUUUAUCCUUUCAUACAUUAAUAAUUGAAAUCUAGUUAUUACACUAUUUAUUCUGUGUACUUGCUUUAGAUUUAUUGAAAAUAAUUACCAACCAAACAUAAACAAUCUUUUACUUAUUUUUAUGCAUUGUAUAUCCUGGUUGUAAAAAAUGAAAUAAACUUAUAAAUUAAUCUGUAUAAGUAUUGUACGUGUUGACAUCUAGUUAAAUAUGAUAUGUAAAUUAAUAUGGCAGCCAUUAUAUUUGCAUGUCUAUAUAAAUAAUACGAUAUUUAAUAAUAAAAAACAUCACAUUUAUAUAUAUGAAUAAACUUAGAAACAACUAAAAAUAUUAGGUCCCUAUUUGAAAAAAAAAAAAUAAUAAAAUGUUAUUAUUUUUAUUAAAUUUACAUAUGUAUAACAACUUUAAAUAUUAAUGGUAUGUUCUGUGGUAUGCACUAUGUUUACUAUAAACUGAACUAUAAACAUUUGAUUAUAAUAUCACUUGCCAAAUUACUCGUCUAUUACCCUGGUGACAAGCUUCGUUUUAAAAUAGAAACUUAAUUGUAAUGAUAUACCUUAAUUACCUACUUAAAUGAUGAAAAAUGUAAAUUGAUACUUAAGCUUGAAAAGAAUAUAGAUAAUUUGAACCUAGAAAAUAUUUGUUGAGGCAUGUAUUAUAAGUUUUUGGAAUUUGAAUUUAUUAUUUGAACCAUAAUUAAUAGUAAAAUAUUAUUGAUUAUGUAUAAGAAAUAAUUGGUUUAUGUCUGAACACUGUUUAUGAUAAAAUAUGCAUAUACUUUAAUUUAUGAAUAACUUAUCUAUCAGAAAUCUUGCUCCGAUUUUCAAAUGUAGUACCUUUUCUGAAAGGAAGUUUAUCUGGUGGUACUUUCGAGGGGUAUUUUUUAAAUUUCCAAGCGGUUUUCAUAAUAAUUGGGAAAAAACGUAUAUGUAUAAAAAAAACUUUAUUUCAAAUUGUAUUUCGUUAGCAAUGGUUUAUAAGGGAGUACUGGUAUAAAUUAAAUUCCCUAAUAUAUCCUACCUUCCCAAUUUCUCCCCUGCAGUAGUGUUCCACUCAUUGUACAAAGUAUGCAUGUUUUUUUAAAAUUAUAAAUUUCUUAGAAAUAACUGAAAAAACUACUUAAUUUGUGUAACUUAUAUAAGUUAUAGGUGUAUGUAAUAUUGUAGGUGUAUAUAUUUGUUUUAAAUUUUAUUGAAUGAAUUUCAAUUAAUGCAAUCAUAUGUUAGAUAGUUAUCUAAUUUGCUUUAUUCAAUACAUUCAAUAUUUCAUAGAACAUGUUUGGUGGCUAAAUACGUUCUUAUUUAAAAAUAACCAACAAUCAAGGUAUAAAUAAACAAAUUUAUUUAUUACCUAAUAAUAUUAUGCAAUUUUACAAUUUGUAUGUAUUUAUCAAUAGGUAAAUGAUAAAAAAUAUUUAUAAUAGUUAUUAGAAUAUUUAGUGUUGUAGAUACAGUAAAAUAAUAUCUAGUAAUAUAUAAAACAAUUUUUAAUUCAUUUCAAAUUGCUAUUAAUCAGGCAAAACUAAUUUUAAUAACUAAAAUAAAACACCCUACAAUUUUGUUUUUAUUUAAAAAAAAUUGUUCUAGUAUUUAAACUUUUUCUCUGGAUUCAAUUAGUUUUGGUUCCAAUGUAUGAAGUAAUAAAUUGUACAAUGCGUCUAUAUUUUAUGUACUAUGCUUCUCACAAUUAUUAUAUUCUGUUACCUGUAUUAGGUUGCUAGAUUGAUAAUACUUUGGUAAUGUAUUUUUUAUUUUCUUUGCAUCUUUAACAAUGACUUCAUAUUUUAACCACAAUAAGUCAAUGUCCUUUUAUACUGAAUGCUAUUUUCCUGCAGGCAUUCUAUAACAGGCAUAAUAGAAUACUUUACUUUAUAAAUAUUUUAAGAACCUUAUAAUGUUUCAUGUAUAGAUGAUAUAGUUGAAAUUUGAGGAUACAUUAUAUUGAUGCGACCUAGUUAAUAUAAUUGAGUAUCUAAUUUUUAUUGAAUAAUUUUCUUAUAUUAAUUAUUACUUUUUACAUUCUACCCCACUUUCUAUCUACCUACAUUAUCAAUUUAAUCAUCAGAAGCUUAUAUUAACAUAUUAUAAUCAUUUUAAUUACUAAAAUUUAAAUACCAAACAUUUUUAAAUGUAAACAAAAUUGUUUAAUAUAUUAUAAUAAUGUAUACAAUAUGUAUAUAUUAGUUAUGUGUUUGUUUUAUUAAUUUUGUUGGAUGAUUGACAUGUGCAAUAGUUAUCCAUAUAUGGAUUUGAAUUUUUAUAGACUAGUGACAUAUUUUUUGAACCUUGAGUUUCCUUUUUCGUAUUUUAUAUUAUUAUUUUUUGAAAUUUGAAGGUUUAAAGUUAUUUAAUGUUUUAAAAAUUCAAUUGGGUCAAAAUAUAAACAUUGACUAGUGAGCUUUAGACCAUGAAAUCAUCUUGCCCUUGAAAUAGUACAUUUUAUUUACUAGCUACCUCUCUCUUUUAAAUGCAUAAUAAUACAAUUUUAUCAUUAAAAUCAUUUUUAAAUUUCAAUAUUUUUGUAUUUCAGUUAAAAUAUUAUUUUAUAGUUAUGAGAUAUGACACUUCCAGUUUCCAGCUAUGAAGAGCUGUUGGAAACGGUACGUAAUCUUAAUCAAGAAACCAGACAACUUCAAAGACAAUUAAAUACACCAUUAUUGACUCAAACUGUAUCUACAGGUAAUUUUUAUCAAUGAAAUACUAGUAUAAAUUAAUUUUCAAAGAUAUUGUAAAUAAUUAAAAUUGUUAUAAUGUACUUAUUUAGUUGAUUUGAACAAAGGAAUGCCAUCAAGAAACGUAUUUCCAAAAAUGACUCUAUCUCUAGAAAAUAAAACUAAUAGUGAACAGGUAAAAAAAAUUGUAUGGUUUAAGUUUACUUGAUGGUUAGUUUAAAAAUUAAAUGUAUAGCACAAUAUUUAUAGAUUAGACAAAUUUGUGUAAGAAUGUUUAACAAUGUGUCAUUUAGAUAUUAUAAUAUGUAAAUUUGUUUGAUUUAUUUUUAUUUUAUUUGUAUGUUUAAUCGUUAUUCACUAAAAAUAACAUAGGCUUCUCAAAUAUUAUAAAAUAAAAAACAAUAAUAUGUAUUCACAAUUGAUGAUGUAAUAACUAAAUCUUUAAAUGAUCAAUAACCUAGCCAAUUAAAGAUGUUUAGAUUGUGAACAAACUAGACUCGGGUUGCAAUUAAAUUGACUCACUCACUAAAAGGCAUAUGUUUUAAAAACAGCUAAACUAAUUAUCACAAGACAAAUUUUGUUUGAAAACCUUAUGUUAUAACUUAAGAUUUUUAAAUCGGGGAGGGGUAGAAGUAUAAUUAUAAAUAAAUUAUGUUUUGUUCAACAUAUACAAAUGAAACUGUAUUAAUUAUGUUUUGUAAUAUUAUAUCCAUUAUCCGUUCAGUCGUUCAGUGAAGUACCUAUAUUUUUAUAUAUAUUUUUCAGUAGCUCAGUUUCAUUGUGUUCAAUGAACUAGUUCAAUUUGGUGAGAUGAAUGAACAAACUAGCGAAUCAUUAGUCCCAUCUCUAACUAAUAAUUAAAGAAUUUAUAUUUACUUAAAAAAGCACAAAACGCGGCUAAAAAAAAAAAAAAAAAAAUAGUAGUUUUAAAAGUCCUCCCUCUUAUGGCUCUAACUAAUAAAAUAAAACUUUUUAACACUUCAAAAAUGAUUAACACAUACAAUUUUUUGUAUAAUACGUAUAAUUUUAUUUAAACAAUUUUUUAAUCAUUUUUGUAGCAUUUGGCAAUUUUAUUUAAGAAAUUAGAGGAGAUUUUUAUAACUCUUCAAUGAUUUUUGAGAUUUAAUAUUUUAUAAGUACAUUUUUAUGGAUUUUAAGUAAUUAUAAAUCUCUUCCCUAAUAACCUUUAUUAUAUUAUAUAACAUAAAACAAUUAAGGGUUACUCUUAAAUGGGUUGUUACAUUUAGAUUUUGUAAUUUUAUAAUAAUUAAAAAACAAUCUUCUUUGGUUUUAGAUUUAUAUAUUUAAGUGUAACAUUUAAUAGAUUUUCCAUAUAGAGAAGAAAGAGAAAACUGAAAAUUUAAAAUUAUUAAAUUGUUAUUGUUCAUAUUAAAUAAUAUAUAUGGUAUUAAAAAUAAUCAAACAACUAAAUAGUUUAUCUAAUUUUUGAUCCUGUAUGUAGCAAAGAAGUUUUUAAUUUUGUUAUAAUGUAUGUGUGUUUUGUUUAGCUCAGAAAACAUUUUUUGAUUAGUAAAAAUGUUAAGAAUUUUUCAUUGCAUACAUUAUAAGAUGCAGCUGUUUGCCUAAUGAUACUUUAUUUUAAAAUCUUUUGAUGAUCAUAAAAAAUGUUCACGUAGUACUUCAAGAUAUAUUAUUAAAUUUGUUUAAGAAUUUUUUAUCUGGUGGUAAAUUUCAUCAGUAUACCUCAUAGAUUCUUUUUUCCUGAUUUUUUUAAAAUACUUUUUCUGUUUGUGAAUAGGCUCCUAAUUAUUCAAAUUUUACAUUAAAGGAUGCAUUAUUUUCGUUCUGGUACUUUAUAUGAAUACAAAUGUCUAAAUUCCCAAGAGUUUAUUUUAUAAAAUUGAGAAAACACUAAUAAUAAAUAAUAUUACAUUCAUUAUUUUAUUAUUAUUUUUGUUGGGUUACCUUAGCUAAGGGUAAAAAUACACAACUAAUACUGCCAAUACAACUUUGAACAGAAUUAUUUUUUUAUUUACAAUGGUAUAUUGUUUCAUUCAGUUGUAAAUUAAAUUACUCUGCAUAUUCUACCUUCCCAACUACCAACCUACCUGUGAGUAGUAUUAACUUUUUUUAUUAAUGUAAAUAACUCAAAUUCUUUGAUUUUAGUAAUGAUAUUAAUAUUAAACAGUACUAUUCUUUUUUAUUGUCAUUUUAAAAGAAUAAUUUUAUAUCAAUGCAUAACUUCAGUUUAAUUAUUUUGACUUAUAGUAAAAGCAAAGUGUCUCUCUCUGGGGGUGAAAAGCUCCACUUGACAUAAAACAGCUGAUAGCCACUCCCCUUCAAUUCACCCUAGUUACAAUAUUGAUCAGAAUAGAGAAACCUUUUUUAUAUGCAAAAUAUCUAAACAAUUUGUCUGUAUUUGUCUGUAAAACAAAUAUUGUUUUAUAUUCUUGUUUGAAUCAUUUUCUUUAACCACCUUCAUUAAAUUGUAAUACAGUUUUAAUUAUUUAAUAUUUAAAAUUAUGUAUUCUAAUCGACAAUCUAGACUUCCUGUGCGUUCUUCUUCAUCAUCUCGGUCUUCUCAUGUAUCUCCAUCACCUUCUACAAAUCAUGUGAGAUCCCUAUCCAAUCCUCCUAGAAAUCGUUGGAAUGUUUCUAACAAAAACGACAAUGAUCAUGUUCAAAACAAUAAUAACAAUCAUAUUUCAGAAAAUUUUAGUUAUGGUAAAAUAGAUUUUAAUGAUGGCCAAAAUAAUAAUGUCAUAAGCAAGUAAGUCUUAGUGUAGUAGAGCUUUAAUUUUUAAUUAUUAAUCGCACACUAUUUACUUAAGAAUCAUGUAAACAAGAUCAAUUAUUUUUAAUGUUUCUGUUUUCCUUCAGACACUCCUUAUCUAAUAGUCAAUAUCAAUAUUCAUUACCAUGCAAUGUCGAAGACAAUAGACGAGCUAAUAAUUGGUCAGGUACACAGUCAUUUUAUGACAAUAAACACAGUGCUAAACAUUCUUACAACAACAAUAACAGUUACCUCAGAAUGAUUAAUGAGGUUAGAGUAAAGAAAAUUUACUGAAUUUCAAAUAAGAGUUACAAUAGUUGUGUAAUAUUAAUGAGCUUAUUUUAACUGUAGGAUCAACACAUGGAUAAAGAAAAAAGAGCUAUGGCUGAAGAUAAAGAAGAAGAUGAAGCUAAAAUUUCUCCUGAUGUAAGUUAUCCAUCAGUUUAAAAAUAAUAUAAAUAAUUUACAAGUAUUUUGAAUUUAUAUUUUUAUUAUUGUUGAUUAUUAAUUUAAAGGGCUGUUUACCUACACCUCCUGGCAUCUUGGCUGACAAAAAGUUUAAUAUGUGGCAUAGUGUAGGACCCACAAACAUGUCAUCUAACUCAUCUUUAUUACGAUCUCAAAAUUCAUCUUUAGAGUGUGAAAAAGAAGGUCUAUCAAUGAGAUCUAAUAGUCAACAACAAUUAGGAGCCAAAGUAGAGAUUGUUUAUAAUCUUUUGUCAUUAUUAGAAAAUAACAAUUCAAUCCAAUCUUCGUAUCAAUCAGUCUCAGUUCUUUUGGCCAUGAGUAAAUCACCAGACUGUUGUGCAGCAAUGAGACAAACCGGUACUUUUUAUAUAUUUAUUGAGUUUUUUUAUAAACUUGAAAUAUUUAAAAAAGAAUUUUAAUUAUUAUUUAAUUUUGUCUUUAGGUUGUGUUCCUUUGCUCGUGCAAAUUGUACAUGAUAUGAAUGCCGAUAUAGUAGUUCGUCAUAAUGCUAGCCAAGCAUUAAAGAAUAUAGUAACUUUUAAUCAAGAUGAAAAACAAGGUCGUCGAGAGUCUCGUGUUUACAAAUUAUUGGAAAGCAUGAGAGAAUAUUGUGAUACACCAGUUGUUGUGCUUAAACAAUUAGACAUUAGCAAACAUCCUAUCACUGCUAUUGCAGCAUUAAUGAAGUUGUCUUUUGAUAGUCAACAUAGAUUUGCUAUGUGUGUAUUGGGUAAGUCUAUACAAAAUGUAAUUUUAUUUUACAAUUUUGUAACAUUUUCUUUUCUUUUUAAGGUGCAAUCUAUACUGUUACUCGAUUGAUUCAAGUAGAUCAUGAAGUUCAUGGUAGUGAACCAGAUCUAGAACCUAAUUCGGAGUGUGUGACCUUAAGGCGAUAUGCUGGCAUGGCACUAACUAAUUUAACAUUUGGGGAUGCUACUACCAAAACACUGUUAUGUUCUUUUAAACAAUUUCUAAAAGUGUUGAUUUUGCAGUUACGAAUACAAUGUGAAGAUCUUAGACAGGUAUAUUUAAUCAUUAAAAUGUUUUUUGUAUAAUGAAACUUUAAUUAAUUUAAUGUUGUACAGGUCACUGCAAGUGUUUUACGCAAUUUAUCAUGGAGAGCUGAUCCACAAAGUAAAGAAAUUUUACGUGAUAUAGGUGCAGUUAAAGCGUUAAUGGAAGCCUCAAUGAAAGCAAAUAAAGAGACUACAAUGAAAUCAUUCUUGUCCGCACUUUGGAAUUUUUCUGCCCAUUCUCCUGAAAACAAAGUACAUACAAAUAUACAACACCUAAUAAUUUGUUUUUCUUCAACAGUUAAAUUUUAGAUUCUGAGCGGAGCAAGGAAUAUAUUGGUUUUACAAUGAUGUUUAUUUUUUUCUUUUAUCUGAACAACUUUUCUUCCAAAAAUCUUCGAUUUUCAAGUGUAGCACUUUUUCUGAAUGAAAAUCUGAUUGGGGUAAAACUUUAUAAAAGGUAAUUUUUUGAUUUUCCCAUCUGUAUUCAUUAUUAAUGGAAAAAAAAAAACAGGAAAAUAGGUUCAAUAUUAAAUAAAUUAUUAAAGAAAAUGUUCAAUGCAUAUGUAAUUAUUUUACCAUAAUAUUACGUAUUUAUAGUUGAGAAAGCAACAAUAUUAACCGAACUCGGCUCAGAAUCGUUUUUUGUUAGCAAUGCUUAAUCAUUGUGAUGUAAAUUAAAUUCGCCCUCUACCUUCCCAACUUCUCACGUACAAUGGCUCACUUACGUGCGAAGUAUAUCCAUAUAUUUAAUAUUGAUGGUAAUUUUAGGAUGAAAUAUGUAAAGUUGAAGGAGCAAUUGAAUUUUUAAUAAAAACAUUAAGUGGGACUGGCCCUUUUAAAUCAGUAACAAUAAUAGAAAAUUCUGGUGGAAUAUUGAGGAAUAUUUCAUGUGUUAUAGCAUCUCAUGAAGAAUAUCGGUAAUUAUUAAUUUUUAAAUUUAUAAUAUUCAAUACAAAUAUGCAAUAAAUGUACAGUGAUUUAUUUCUUUAAUAGUGAUAUUUUAAGACGUCAUAAGGUACUUGAAAUGUUAAUGCGACAGCUUCAGUCUCCAAGUUUAACAAUUGUUAGCAAUGCGUGCGGAACUAUUUGGAAUUUAUCUGCACGUAAUAUUCGUGAUCAAACCACAAUGAUUAAUUUGGGAAUUGUUCCUAUGUUAAAGUCAUUAAUUCAUUCCAAACAUAAGAUGAUUGCAACUGGUUCAUCAGCUGCUCUUAAUAACCUUAUGAAUGCUAUGCCUGCGUAUAAUGCUAUUCAAGGUAUGCCAAAAUUACUAAGACACAAUGAUAUAUAAGUUAAUAAAACAACAACAUUUUAUACUUUAAUAAUUUUAUUUAGAUACAAAGCAUAAUGAUAUCACAAUAGAGAAUACUUUAACUAAUUCUGACAGUUCACAUUUAAACAAUUUUACUGCAAAAAUAAAAACUGAUACAGACGAUGAUGAUGAUGAUGAUGAUUUAAUUGCUGCUAUGUACGUGUUAUUUAUUUUUUGACUGGUGAUAGUUGCAUUCAAAUUUAUUAAUACAUUUUUUUUUUUUAGAGAUCCAAAUUUCACAAAAAUGCCUCAAGCAUAUAAUUCUAAUAAAAUUAAUGAAAAUAAUUUGGUAACUAAAAUCGGAAAUGAAAUAUUGGAAUCUUCAAUUAUAGACUGUCAUGUAGCUUCUAUUCAACAAACAAAAGAAAAUAUCAGUUUUGACGAGAAACAUAAAAAUACAUCAAAUCGGUAUGCGGAAACUUCAUUGGAUGAAGCUACCAAUUAUAGUUUGUUAUGUGAAGAUGAUGAUAAUGGUGAAAAAGCAUUAACGGGUGACACAACACAGACUUAUUGUACAGAAGGCACUCCUUAUAAUUUUUCUAAUGCAGCAUCAUAUACAGAUUUAAGAAAAUGUGGUGUAGAAGACAAGGUAUGAUAUAAAAAAAUAUACAUUUUUAGAUUUUAAGUAUCUAAAAUGAUGUUAAAACUAUCAAUAUUAUAAUGCUUUCUUUUAUGUUCAGAAUAAAAUUUGUUUUAUGAAAUUCAGUAAAAAAUAAUUAUAGGAACCAGAAAUUGUCUCUGAAUACUACUUAUAUACUAAGAUUAAAUUUAUUAGAUAUUCAUUAUCUUUACUUUAUUUUGUUAAAUUAAUUUAAACUCUUUAUUUGGAUGGUUUCAUUGUUUAGAGUCGCAAUGGAUCUGGAACAGGGCCUUCUGAACAAGGUACUAAUGUACUCAAUUCUGGUAGUGAAACUCCUGAAGGUGGACAGCCUAAGGAUGAACAAAAAGAUGGUAAGAAAUAAAUAAUAUUAUUGAAAAUCUGUUCUCAAAAUAUUUAAUGUUUUAAAAAAUAUUCAUUUCUAGAAACUAUUUAUUAAUUUAUUCUAUUAACUUCAGGUAAAAUGGUGACAUUUGAGACACCAUUAAUGUUCUCGAGAAGUAGUUCUAUUGCCUCACUUGGAAGUUGUGAGCCACAAGAGGGUUAUAUUGGUAGUUCAGCAGUUAGUGAGUGCAGGUAUUGAUGAAUUUAAUUGUUUUUAUAAAAAACAAAAUUAGUAUUUAUAAAUAUUAUAACAUUUUUUUUUUUUUUUAAUUUAUAUAGCCGUGUUACCAGUGGUUUAAUGACACCAAGUGAAAUUCCUGAUUCACCAACUCCAACAGUUCCACCAAGUCCUCCAUGUUUCAAAAGUAUUUACUAGCUAAUUUUUAUUUAUACUUAAUUAACUAGAGAUUUUAUUUUAUUUAUGCAUUUAAAUAGGACAAAUUUUUAUGUUGUAUUUUAAAAUUAAAUGAUUUACAAAUGAAAAUAAAUAUUUAUUACAUAAUAAUUUUUCUAAACUUCUGAGCUGUAAAAAAUGGAACAUAAUUUAGACAAUUUUAGGUAAAUUUAUUGCCUUAAUAAAUGUGUCUUUAUUUUUCAAUUAAUUUACAUUUAAUUUAAGCUAUCCAACCAUUCAAAUUGAGGUUAAAUAUAAUUACUCAAUUGAAAAGAAUGGAUAAAGCUUGGUUUAUCUUGUUUAUCCAGCAAUAUCACUUUCGAAACACCAACUCUAAAUGGUAUUGAGCAAUAUUUUUUGCAAAACUCCCCUAAUACAAUACAAAAUAGAUUUUAUCGUGUUCAAGGAUUAUUUUUUUUCAUGUAUUAGCAAUUUUUUCAAAUGAUUUUAUGUGAAUUUAAUUUUUUUUUUCUUCAACCAUAGUGGAAUCGGUUAAGCUUUAUUUUAAAACCUUCUUUAAUUUUUUAUCCUUAUUUCAUGCACCUUAAAUAAGUUAAUCAAUAGCAUUUUAUGGUAUUACUUUUAAAUUAUUGGCAACUUACACCAGUAAUGCCAUUUACGUUCUGGUGAUAACGGAAUAAAAUCAUUUUGAAAACUUACAUAAUUUUGUGUUUCCAAAUUAUUAAAAUAAAUAUAAUUGUUUUAAAUUUGUAUUUAAACAUGUAUUAAAUACAAUACAUAUCAAUGUAAUAUUGUGAAAAUCACAAUUCAUCGAUCUAUCUUUACAACCUGUAGUGAACAGAUAAACGUAAAUUUAGACAAAAUAAAAGCUUUUUUUGACAAUAUUAAGUAGUUUUGUCAAGUUUUAAAACAUUGCUUGCGUUCCAAAAAUCUUAGAUGCCGAAGUAAUGCCGGGUCACUUUUCUCUAACGCCAACUUACAAGUUGAUUAAUAUUGCUACUGUUUAUAGUUUAUGCAAAUAAAAUUACAAUUCUUCUGGCAAUCAAUCCAAUUAAUGUAAUUGAAUGAUAAGAAUUCCAAAUACAGAUAUAAAUUUAGUAUGAAGUCCAAAUGAAAACUGCACAAUACUUUUUAAUAUUAAAUGUUUAAUCUAAUUAUUAAUUAACAAUUUUUAAAUUAAAUUAAAUUAUAUUUUAAUAUUUAAUAUUUAAUAGACUAUCUUCUUUUUUUAGGUUUAUCCAGCCACUCAAAUUAUCCUAUUUUACAGCCAUUCUGUAACAAUCUAAUGCUUCCAUGUCUCUUUUAACUGUAUCUUCCUGCCAAACUCAGUCUUCCUUUUUGAUAGUCUCUACUGAGUUCUUUUUAUUACAUUUUUUUUCUCCAUUAUCCCGUCAUCUUUUAUUGCCCAAAAAAUCUUUCGUAACAUUUUCUUUUUCAGUGCCAAGAAUUUAUUUUCAACCGAUUUCGUCAGCGUCCAACUUUCAGACCCAUACAGUGUUACAGAGUGGUAUAUGAUUAUUUCUCUUGAGAAUGAUCUUAUUUUAUAUCUUCAUAAGUCCAUAAUAGGUUCUAUGGCUUGGAUUCUCUUUGGCUACUAUUUUUGUCGUUAUAUCUUUUUUUUUUUUACUUAUAAUUGUGCCAAAAUAUUUGGACUGAUCUACUUUUUUAAAUUAGAUACAAAUAUAGGGGGGCUUACUCAUAGAAUUGCAAUUGUUCCCCCCUCUCAAAAAAAAAAAUUUAAUGAUUUCACCACAUAAUAUAUUGGAAUGUAUCAUAAGGUGCAAGGAAGAGCAUAAGAGCAAAAAAAGUCAACAAACAGCCCCCCAAAUGUCAAAAACUAUUUUCGCCUAUGUAUUCUUGUCUUCUUAAUACAAACUUCUUAACAUAAAUCAAACAUUUAUGAUAGUAAAAAUUCAAAAUUUAAAAAAAUUGCCUAAUUACUGAUCUAGACUUCAUGCAAAAUUCAAAUAUGUCUUCAGAAUUCUUGUUGCUUCAUCCACUGAUCAGAAUGAUUGCCAAAAGAUAGUUUUUACCUAACAAAUCGGUCUAUAUCCACUUGUUUCAAUGAUUAGGUAUUCAUAAAGAAUACGAACAAUAGUUUUAUGGAAAAGCAAAAAUAAAAAUUAUUAUAAAUCAAAAUGUAUGUUAAUUAUUUUAGAUGGAAAUAUUUUUGAGGAUAGUGUGACUAUUUUCAAAGAAGAAAAGAUUCCCGGAAAAGGUUCUGAAUGUACAAGUUUAAGUAGUUUAACUAUUGAUGAUGAUAUUCCAGGAGUAAGUCAUAAAUAAUCUAUACAAAAAAUAAUAACAAUAAGAUUAAUAACGACUAAUUUAUUAAUAUUAGGUAAAACUACAAUACAUUCAAAGUCAAAGUGUAUUGCCAUCAUUAAAUGAAGAAAAAAAUAACACGUGCGUUUAUAAUAUUUUUUAAAAUUAAACUGAAUUUAAUAUAAUUUUUGCUAUAUUAAAAAAUUAAAAAAUAUACUACUAUACCUAAUAAUCAAAUGCUAUAUAUGUAUUUUUUUUUUUUAGGAAUGCAUUGGAUUAUAAAAAUAAUGGAUCUAUUGAUAAAACUUCUAAAUCUUUCCAGUUAAAUCAAAUCGGUUUCCUUGAAGUAAGUAAAAAAAUUGAUGUGUCAAAUAAAAGUGAAAAAAAAACUGUUAAAAAGAGAUUGAAUGUGAUCUGUGAACAACAAUAACCAUGCAUAAUUGAUUGUUAGUGUUAUUAUUGAGCAGUAGCUAACUUUCACUUCAGUUUACUGGUUCAUUUGUGGCGGAUGUUGUUUACUUAACACUUGUUACAUUUUACACAUAUAAACAAAAUAUUUAUUAAUUACUUUUUAUUUUUCAGUCUCCCACUUCAACGAUUCCUUAUUUACAAAAUAAAAAUCCAGGAUUUAUACCUCAUGCUAAGUAAACAUAAAUCAGUUACAUAAUUAUAAUAAUAUAUAAUUUUGUAAAAUAUUACUAAUACAUUAUUUUUUUUUUAGAUCUAGGCUUCCAGUUAUGGUACAGAGCAAUAACCAUGUAGUAGACAGGUGUCCUGAGUCUACUAUAUCUUCAAAUAAAACCAUUGAUAAUGAGGUUCAAACAUUUAUUUACACAAACAUAAUUUUUAGGGCUUGUUAUUAAAAUGUCUGUAUUAUUUUUUAUUUUUUCAGGGAGAUGAGAUUAUUGGAUUUUGCACUGAAGGAACCCCUGCAAAUAUAAGUACAGCUACUUCACAUUCAGAUCUAUCAAUGAUUGCUCCUUCAGAAGAUGGCUCUGAAACCAAUGUUAUUCUUCGACAAUCAAUUAAAAUGGUAAACAUUAUAAUGUUUAUGCUUCAUAAAUAUAAUAAUUGUAGUUAUGAAAUUACUAUUACCAGUUAUAUUUAAUUAACAAUAAAUGUACAUGGUGGAUUUUUCUAAAGCUGUUAAUAUUCAAUUUAUUUUAUUUAAUCUGCUUUACAUUGAAGGGAAAUCUUAAAAAAAAAUAUUAACUCUAUAUAAAUUCUUUUUUAACAAAAAUUUCAAAAUAGCAAUUUUUUAUAAGGUAUGUAUUAUUCUAAAAAUGUUGAUGUAUCAUACCAUUCAUAUAAGAUUAAUAGAUUUUUAGUAACAGUUGUUUUAAUUUUUUACACUUCUUUCAAUUUAUAACACAAUAAAUCAACUUAUUCUCAAUCAUAUUCAACGGUAUUUUUUUUCUAGAAAUUGAAAAUUAUUAUAUUGAAUAUUAUUAUACUAAGAAACUCUUGAUCAGAUAUAAAUAUAAAAUAUAUUACAAUAAAUACAAUAAUAUAUUUAAAAAAUUUAAUUUUCCUUGGUUAGAUAUUCUCCUCAAAGAAAAUCAGAUUGAAAAAAUAAAUUGAAUAUCAAAAGAUCUAGAAAAAUUUGUCAAAUACUGCAGGACAACUGUAUAUUUUAAUGAAUUCCUAUUUAAAAAAUUCAUAUUAAUUGACAACGAAUGAAAAACUUUAAACAUUUUAUAUUUAAUAUUUAUUAUUACUCACUAUUGUUAUAUUAUAAAGGUUCUUCAACCAGUUAUUAAAAAUAUAAAAUUUAAAUAAACAUCACAUUUUAGGUUGGCAAGAGGCGUUUAUAUCAACCUACAAGUAAACCUAUGGGGAAUUUAAAUCUUCAAUUCAAUCAAACUUGUACUGUACCCAAUUCAGUAAACACAUCUUUAUCUAGGUUUGAUUAUUAGUUUAAGGUUAAGCUUAAAAACUUUUAAUUUAUUUGUUAAUAUUUUCAGAUCAUCAGUAAUGGAUUCACCUUCAACUGAAUCCCAUGUAUCAAACUCUGUUAACUCUUCUGAAAUAGAAGGUAAACUAAAUUGUAUUAAUUUAUCUAUUUGGCUUUUUGAGGUUUUAAAGUUUGUUUUAUUUUUAGAUCCUUUAACAGUUAUUAACAACCGAAUGUCAACUGAUUCUAUUGGUAGUGAAUUUUCAUUGGACGACUCUAGUAAAUGUGAUAAUAGAAUGCCACAAUCUCAUUCUUUACAUGAUGUACGUACAUUAAACAGUGAACCUAUGUCUGAAGAUGAUGACGAUGAUGAUGAUGAUGAUGAUGAUGAUAAUAAUGCUUUACUGAACCAAUGUAUAAAUGCUGGUAUUGAAAAAAUAACAACUUUAAAAAUAACUGACGAAGAAUUGCCCGAAGAAGAACAGCAAAAAUUGUUGAAUCAGUGCAUAGCUACAGGUAUAAAUAAUUCAGCUAAAUCUAAAUUACAAAUGUCUGUUAAAAGACGAUCAAAUAAACCAGACAGUGAUCUUACUGAUGAACAACAACAAGAAUUGUUAGAAUCAUGUAUUUCAGCUGGAAUAAUGAAUAGCAAAAAAUCAUCAAAAACUAAAAGUGAUGACUUGUCUGAUAGUGAACAAGUAGCUUUGUUAAAUGAAUGCAUUGCUGCUGGCAUGAAAAACUUACAAAAAAUCAAAUCAAAAGAAACACACAAUACAUUAGAACUCAAUGAAGAUGAAGAUUUAUUGAAUAAUUGUAUUAGUCAAGGUAUAAAAAACAUUGAAAGGGGAUCAGCCCGUAUGAAAAGAGAAAUACCAGUGUUAAAUAAAUUUAAAAAGUCUUUAAUUCCAAAAUCAGAAAGUGAAAUCAGUGAAUCUACUAGUACAAUUACUCCAGGGGAUGUUAAUGGAAUUAUAAAUAGACGAGAUGAAAGUGAUGAAUCCACAUGGAAAGAUGAUGAAACAUUGACAUUUUCUACUCUUACAAGCUCUUACCAAAGUGCAAACACUGGUGAAAAUUCUAAACAAAAAUUAAUAAAAUUGGAUAAAGGCGAAAUAGGUAAUAUUGUUAAAAAUAUAUUGUAUAUUGUUUUGUAUUAAUUAUUUAAUGUUUAUUGUAGGUAUUAUAUCUUCAUUAGAUUUUGAGGACACACAUCUUGACGCAAUAAAACCUCCUUCAGAUAUGGAUAGUUUGCUAUCUAUGACAACAAGUGUGCAAUCUAAUUGUGGUUUUGAUAAAAAAAGAAAAACUUCCUAUGAACGCAAUGAUUCAUUGAGUAGUUGUAUUAACAUUGAAAAUGUUAACCCUCCGUCAUACAUGGACGAAGUUACUGAUUUUGAGAUGGAAAACAGUAUAACCAGUAUAUCAAGUAUACGUUCAGAAAUAGUUGACCAGUCAAAUGCUGCUCAGUAUUAUACAGCAGUUGAUGAUUUGACUUUAGUAGAUGAUUUACUUUCAUCUGAAAUGUCUUCUGAUCCUAAUCAUUCUAGUCCAGCUCAAAUAAGACGCCGACUAACACCUAAACAAAAACGAAAUAUGAAGAAAGACAGGUAAUUAAACAUAUAUAUAUGUAUAUACCAGGUGAUUCAUUCAAGUGGGCACACUGAUUAUCUCAAAGAGUAAUAACUUUUUCCAGAAUUUUUUUUUUAGAAAAAUUAUGAAACAAACUGCUCCGCAAUUUUAUAUUUGUGUUAUUUUUUGUCAUCCUUAUUUUUGGGGGAAAAAAAAAUAUCUACUUUUGAUUUUUAAAUGGCAACCUAUAAUAAAAAGUCCAUACAAAUGUUGAAUAUUACUAAAAUUAAAUUUUAGUGUUGACAUUUUUGAUUUGAUGGCUGUGUGCCAUACCGCCACACUAAUGAUACGCCACUACUCUCCUUCAAUCCAAACUUAAUAGUGAAAUAUCUUGUCCACGAAUUGAAGGAAAUAAAAAUUUCAACUUUAAAAUUUAUUUUAACUAAUAUUCAAUAUAUUUAUCAAAUUUUUAAUAUAGGUGGCCAUUUGAAAAUCAAAAGUAGGUAGUUGUUUUACCCCAACAAAUAAUACAAAUAUAAAACUGUGGCGCAGCUUGUUUCUUAAAUGUUCUAAAAAACAAAUUUCGUAAAAAGUUAAUAUUUUCCGCGAUAAUGAUUGUACCCACUUAAAUGAAUCACCUGGUAUUUUUUCAGUUUUAUCUAUGGUUAUUCAGACAUUAACGGUUGAUUAUUAAAAUUAAAGUUAUUACUGUACCAUAAUUUUUAUUUACAAACGCACAUUCACAUCUCAUAUCUUACAACCAUAAUUGUAUAAUGUAUCUUAGCACAGAUAGGAAUGUAUUAUUUUUACCAUGAUAUUUGCUUUUUAUUUUAUAUUUUCUGUCAGUGAACAAUUAUUCUAGUGCUCCAAUCAAUAAGUGAUUGCUUUUUUGUAGCAUUUUGGAUCUAGACCUUGAGGUCAUUUUUUUAUUUUUUGUGUAAUUUUCUUAAUAAUUUUUAAAAAUACUUAGUAAAAAGGAAAGUAUACAACAUUAAUUAUUUCAUUAUUUUCUAUUUUUUUUUAUUGUAAUUUGAUUAAAAAAAAAAAAAAAAAAAAUCACAGACAAAUUUUUUACAGAAUACUACUUCUAAUAACCUUUUCUAGGCACGGUAUAAUUUUCAGUUUUAGCAAUAUUUUGAUCUAUAUUUAUAGGCAUUUAUAGUUUUUAUUGGAUUUAAUGUGUAGAUAAAAUUGUUUGGCUAAAUAAAAAUUCUUGAAAAUUGAAUACAAGGUUCAUUAUAAGUUUUAGUUUGUAAAAAAAAAAAGAAUUGAGGUGUAGGUUUUUUUUUUAUCAUAAUCGUAUUAAGUUCAAAUUUUAAUGAAAGUCUUAAAAGUUACUAUAUUUCAAAACAUUAAUUACCAAACUUUCUCAGAAUCGUAUUUAAUUAGCAAUGUUUUAUUGUUGCAUACAUAUAUAAAUUAAAUAAUUGUGUAUCCUAUAUUUCUAACUUCCCACCUCCAACAGUGGCACACCAAUCAGCAGUAUCAGUUGAAUAAUUAAUUACUAUUGUUUAAUGUAGUCUAUUUAUUAUUUAAAAUUGUUUGUAUUUCCAGGUAUAACACUUAUACAAUAACUUCAGACGACAGUAGAGAAAAUUCUAUGGAGCCUGAAGUUAGACCUUCAACUUUAAAUGAAUCUGAUUCACAGUCUUCUGAAGACGCCAUAAAGAAAAUGUCACCAAAAGAAAAAUUCCAAAUUAAAAGAUCAAGUGAGAAAGAUAGGUUUCGCACACGCACAUUAGCUGACUUAGACUUAACAAAUAUUGUGCAACCUUGUUCAAAAAAUAAUGACUUCACAUCAAUAGAAUAUACUAAAAACAAUGUUGAUGAAAGUACUACAUCAGAAGGUACAGAUGGUUAUUCCAGUGAUGAUAAUGAUUCAAAUAAUACACCAAUUGCUUCAGCUAGAAUUGUUAAGCCCUCUGAAGUAAAGGCCAUCAGAGGUAAAAAAAAAUCACGUGGUAGUGGAAUACCAAUAGUUGCACGAAGCAGUCCUCAGCCAACUGCUGCUGUUUCUAAAAGCUCACAAUCAACACCUACCAAAAAGCCAGCUCCCCUCAAAAGACAAGGUACAUUUGUAAAAGAAGAAUCACGUAUACCUACUCCAGGAUCAUCAGGCAAGAAACACACUAGUGUACCGAAUCUAGUUAAACCGCCCAACAAUAAACAAUCGACGAGUACACGUACCAGUGGUGUUCGUAACUCACUCAGUAACAACAGUUUGAAAAGUAGUGGUGAUCAAUGGACUGGUAGUAAUAGUAGUCUUCCUACAAUGGGUGGAGUGGCUAAAACAAAUAGUAACACUAGUCUGAAUUCGAACAUAUCAGCAACAAGUUCAGGGUGUUCAGUGAGAACGUCUGGUCAAAAGAAAGAAGUUACAAGUAAGAUAGCAACCUUGUGGAAAAAAGUAGAAGAUAAUAAAAAGAAAAAUGUCAGCGCCAAAGAUAAUCGUGUGUGGAUCAGUUCAAGUUCGAACAAUCGGGUUUAGAAAGUAGAAAUAUAAAAUUAUAUAUUAUCCACAUAUAUAUAAAUGUUUUCCUUCCACUUUUAUUUUUUCCUCCUUUUUUAUAUUUGUUAUUUCUAUAAAUAUCAGUAAUUGUUUAAUACUGGUUGGUAACAUUAAUAUAUUUUAUUUCAAUAUUUUUUUUUUAUAUAUAUAUACAAUAGAAUAUUGUAAUUAAUGAGCCUUAUCAUAGACUACAGUCUAUUAAUCUUAAAAGACUCAGAAAUUAUGUAUUAACAUUUUAUUACAAUUUAUAAUUAUAAAUUGUAAUAUUAUUAAGUUAAUAGAUAUUAAACAUUUAUUUUUUAAUCUUUUAAAUGAUUAUGAUUAUUGAUUGCAGAAUAUUUUAUUUACAUUAUUUAAUUUACAAUAAUUUUAUUUUAGAUUUAUUUGAGUGAGAUUAUUUAUUUUAUUAUUUUUCUUUUCCAUCAUAGUCUAGUUUAUAUUUUUAUCUUGAACUAUUGUAUAAGAGAGUAAAACAAAAAUAUGUUGUUAUAUACACUAUCAAAAUUUUUGAAAAUUUAAACUAUUUUUUUAGUUUGAUAAAAAUAAUAGGUCUUAUAGUUUAACUUAAACUUUAUUGAAAUGUACUACAAUUUACAUUGUUUCCGAAAUAAAGACAUUUUUGAGACUGAUGCAAGUUUAAAGUGUUUAACUUCAAAUUUAUUAUUAUUCAUUUUUUUUUUUAUUAUUCCAAUUGUAAUAAUAAUAAAUAUUUUUGUAUGACUGGCAGUACAAUAUUGUUUAAUGUUAAGUGGUGUUCCGAUGAAAUGGAUCAAAUUUUCAAACAAUAAAUAAAUAAAUGUUCUAGAG